ACUUUGUUGAGGCUUUGUGCGUGUGUGUGAGAGAGUGUUUUGUUUUUUCAUCUUCCUUCAGUGGGUUUCCUGCUGAAGCCUAGACUUUCUCCUCCCCUCUCACAGCAGAGGAAGAGAGGGAGGAGGGAGAGAGAGAGUGAGAGAGACAGAACGAGAGAGAGAGAGAGAGAGAGAGGAGGGGAACAGGAGAGGAGUGGAGGAGAGUGAACGAGCGAGUGAGAGAGAGAGACAGAGAGAGAACUUCAGAAGCUGAAGAACUUGCCGUGUUGAUCUGCGAGGCUUACGUAAUGGGGAAGGUGUGAGCGGACGUCUGUGGAAGUCUGAACGGAGCGGGGGAUAGAGAAGAGGGGGCAGACGGAGAGAGAGAAGGACUGCAGCACUCGGAGGUGGACGGACGACUUAAAGGAGUGACCUGGGAGAGGCCGUUUGGACUCACGGUUGCGUGUGUGUGCGAGUCACCGACCGGAGCAAACACGCGCGUCUGUGUGUGUGUGUGUGUGUGUGUUUAAGGUGAGAGCAAGCGUGUGAGCAGAGGUGUAAGGUGAGAGUGUGAGUGUGUGUCUCCGCUCCCUCACACCCAUCUCUGCUCCUGCUCCCCCUGUCUACACACACUUUCUUUCUUUCUUUCUUUCUUUCUUUCUUUUUCUCUCCCUUCUUCUCUUCUCUCCCUUUCUCUCUCACUCUCUCUCUUUCCAUCCGUUUCGUCGGUUCUUCUCGGUCAUUCCUCUGGACGCUCAGCCUGCUGUGGCUAGUUGAGGUGAUGGCCAACGCUAGCCCCUGCUUGUCCUCGGGGCCCCUGGCCCACCCGGUCUUCUUCCCCCCCGGCGGGGGUCCCUCUCCCCCGGGCUCCGUGGUCAUGCAGCACGGCCCCCCCAUGGCUAUACCCCCGGGGGCCGCCGUUUCGGGGUUCCCCCCGUCGCUGGACAUGGGAGUGGGGGUGACCCAGGGCCCCGGAGGAGUGGGCGCCAUGUCGCCCGUGCUCCCCGUGCCCAUCGGCGUCUCGUUCAUCAUCCAGAUCGGACUGACCCGCGAGUCCGUCUUUCUGCCGCAGACGGCUGACCUGGCCUACGUCAAGCAGAUCGCCUGCUCCAUCGUGGACCAGAAGUUCCCUGAGUGUGGUUUCUACGGCAUGUAUGAUAAGAUCCUACUCUUCAAGCAUGACACGGGCACCAACAACAUCCUGCAGCUGGUCAAGGCAGCUUCGGACAUCCAGGAGGGUGAUCUGGUAGAGGUGGUGCUCUCAGCGGCGGCCACCUUUGAGGACUUCCAGAUCCGCCCCCACGCGCUCAACGUGCACUCCUACCGGGCGCCGGCCUUCUGUGACCACUGCGGCGAGAUGCUGUUCGGCCUGGUGCGGCAGGGCCUCAAGUGUGACGGCUGUGGGCUGAACUACCACAAGCGCUGUGCCUUCAGCAUCCCCAACAACUGCAGUGGGGCACGGAAGCGGCGUCUGUCCACCACGUCGCUGACCAGCACCCAGUCCAUGCGUCUGACCACCAGCGAGUCGCUCAGCACGGUCAGCACCAGCACUACCACCACCUCGGAGGAGACCAACCUCGUACGCUCACACACACAGAUGCCUCGGACCCCGAGCGAGGCGCGGCGCUUCACCUGCCGGCCGGUGCACCUGGACAAGAUGCUGAUGAGUAAGGUGAAGGUGCCGCACACCUUCACUGUGCACUCCUACACGCGGCCCACCGUCUGCCAGUACUGCAAGCGUCUGCUCCGAGGACUCUUCAGGCAGGGCCUCCAGUGCAAAGACUGUAAAUUCAACUGCCACAAGCGCUGUGCCUACAAGGUGCCCAACGACUGCUUAGGAGAGACCAUAGACAUCCUGAGUCCCAGUGCGGACACUGAGGUGCCCAUGGACUACAGUAGCGAGUACGCCGACUCUGAUAAGUCCUCUCUGAUGGACGACUCGGACGAGGCCUGCAGCAUCCCCGGCUCAUUCUCCCCCGACAGCGGACAGGACGGAAGCAGCGGGGACCAGAGGUCAGGACAGCACACUGUGAACAUCCCACUGAUGAGAGUAGUCCAGUCCAUGAGGCAGACCACUCGUCGCUCCAGCACCUCCAUCAAAGAAGGCUGGAUGGUCCACUACAGCAACAAGGACACACUGAGGAAGCGGCACUAUUGGCGCCUGGACUGCAAGUGCAUCAUCCUCUUCCAGAACGACACCACCAACAAAUACUACAAGGAGAUUCCUCUCUCUGAGAUCCUGGAGCUGAGUCCGGCGGUGGACUUCAGCCUGGUGCCCGCGGGCGCCAGCCCCCACUGCUUCGAGAUCGUCACGGGCACCAUGCGCUACUUUGUGGGCGAGGACCCCAACCCGCCCCUGUCCCCCAGCAUGGCCUCUCCGCCCUCCCCCAGCAGCGUGGCGCCCAAUAGCGGCGUGGGGCGGGAGGUCGCCAAGGCCUGGGAGAGCGUCAUUCGCCAGGCCCUCAUGCCCGUCAUCUUCCAGGACGCGCCCCCGACUGAGGGCAACACCCCCCACCGACAA